GAGCCGUACCACGGUGGUGGCGGGGGAACGGGUCCUGGAGGGCCCGCGGUAGGCUAGGAGGGUGGGAGAAGCAUAGCCUCAGGCUCCAGCUUCCACUUGUGCUGCGUUUUGUCAAGCUGCCCUCUGGGAUGCAGUGGGCCGUCGGCAGGCGGUGGGCGUGGGCCGCGCUGCUCCUGGCUGCAGCGGCUGUACUCGCCCAGGUGGUCUGGCUCUGGCAGGGCACGCAGAGUUUCGUCUUCCAGCACGAAGAGAUCGCGCAGCUGGCGCGGCAGUACGCGGGACUGGAUCACGAACUGGCCUUCUCCCGGCUGAUCGUGGAGCUGCGGCGGUUGCACCCAGGCCACGUGCUGCCGGAUGAGGAGCUGCAGUGGGUGUUCGUGAACGCGGGCGGCUGGAUGGGCGCCAUGUGCCUUCUGCAUGCUUCGCUGUCCGAGUACGUGCUGCUCUUCGGCACCGCCCUGGGCUCUGGCGGCCACUCUGGGCGCUAUUGGGCUGAGAUCUCGGACACCAUCAUCUCUGGCACCUUCCACCAGUGGAGAGAGGGCACUACCAAAAGUGAGGUCUUCUACCCAGGGGAAACAGUGGUGCACGGACCUGGUGAGGCAACCGCUGUGGAGUGGGGGCCAAACACAUGGAUGGUGGAGUAUGGCCGGGGUGUAAUCCCAUCUACCCUGGCCUUCGCGCUGGCUGACACAAUCUUCAGCACUCAGGACUUCCUCACCCUGUUCUACACUCUUCGCGCCUAUGCCCGGGGCCUCCGGCUCGAGCUCACUACCUACCUCUUUGGCCAGGACCCCUGACCAGCCAGGCCUGAAGAAGGACCUGUGGAUGGAACAGGAACAGGCAGGCUUGUACAACAUCCACUUGCUGGAGCCUAUGUGAAAAGACAAGGACAUAUUCAUAACAUACAGAUACUGAGUUCCUGGUGUACAAGAAAGGACAUACAUGCUUAUACAACUAAACAUAGAGACCUGUGGGAACAUGGGACAUGCAUUCAGAUACCGAAUCCCAUGUGUACAGCAACAUUGUGCAUUCACAACCACUCAGAGAGGGAGCCCCACAUAUACCAAGGGGUCCAGUCAUAUUCAAACACCCAUAACACACGCUUCACUCACUAACUCAGGCGUUUCCAGAGCUUCCCUGCCCCCAGACAGGGCUCUGGAGUUAGGAGUGAGGGUGGGUAUUACACUCUGCCUGGGUCUGACCCCUCAACCCAGCAGCAAUUGGGAAAUGAGGAGCUGCCUUUGGAGGCACCCUUCAUCUGCAGCUAUGAUGCCCUUCCCCUUGAUCUCCCUGUCCUCACCAUAUGCCUUACCCCUGUUCUGUUCCCCUGCUAUGCAAGUGCCCUCGUGGCCUGUCCCCCACCCUCUCAGCGACCAAGUCAGCUGGGGAGCCAGAAAAAUGAGGAUGCUGAGGUCAGGGUCCCUCCUAUCCUGAAAGACCCCCAUUCUUCCCUCAGAGGUGUGGUGGGGAGGCUGACCUCAGCCCAGGGCCCACCCCUGGGGAGAGGAUCUGGAGAGGUGGGUCUAGGUCCACGGGGCCAUCCCUGGCCUAGAGAAGGCUUUUUCUACACACACACACACACACACACACACACACACACACACCCAUCACAGCUUUUAGACUGCCCUUGCUGCAUUCUCUGUCCAUCUGUCUCUGUUAAUAAAGAUCUGUUGAACAGUUA